AUGACUACUCCAGAAUACAAAUUCCAUCCUCAAAAGAAAUCCACCAUCAUCACCGCCCCAUUUUCCGGUGGCCAGCCUAAAGGCGGUGUGGAUCUUGGUCCCAAGUACAUCUUGGAGGCUGGCUUCGAAAAACAGCUCCAGGGGUUGGGCUGGACCACCCUGGUGGCCAACCCGCUUGAAGGUCACGAGUUUGAGCUGAAGAAGACCAACGACAAGGACUCGUUUGGCGUCAAGAACACCCAGCUCGUCCUGGACUGCAACAAGCUCAUCUUCGAGAGCUGUCUUGAAGCACACAAGAAGGACACGCUUCCGGUGGUGGUUGGCGGCGACCACUCCAUCGGAACUGCCACCGUGGCUGCUGCGUUGGAAAACGACCCCGACACGUGUGUUUUGUGGAUCGAUGCCCAUGCCGAUAUCAACUCUCCAAAGACCACCGACUCUGGUAACCUCCACGGCUGCCCCAUGUCGUUUGUCUUGGGCAUUGACCCUGAAUCCUUCCCGCCGGAGUUCGGCUGGGUGCCUGCCAAGUUGAAGCCAGGCAAGAUUGCAUACAUUGGAUUGAGAGAUGUGGACGACGGAGAGAAGGCCAUCUUGAAGAAGUACAACAUCCCAGCUUUCUCCAUGUACCACGUGGACAAGUACGGCAUUGGCAAGGUCGUGGAGAUGGCCUUGGACAAGGUCAACCCCGACAGAAAAUUCCCCAUCCACUUGUCCUACGAUGUUGAUGCCAUUGACCCAUCUUUCACUCCUGCCACCGGCACCCGUGUUGAAGGCGGCUUGACCUUGAGAGAGGGUUUGUUUGUGGCUGAAGAUGUGGCCCAGACGGGUCUUUUGAGCUCUCUUGAUGUUGUGGAGACGAACCCACUUUUGGGUGAGCACGAGAACCAUGUUCUCGACACCGUGAGCGCUGCAUGUGCCAUUGGCCGUUGUGCCAUGGGCGAGACUUUGCUUUAA